UCCCAGAGUCAUCAAACAGACCUGGCCUCCAUAUUCAGUCUGCUUGAAGAGAAUAUUAUCACAUUUGUGAAGAAUGAGCUGAAGAUGUUCAAGAGGAUUCUUAGUCCAGAACUCCCAGAAGGCUUUGAGAGUCAGAAGCAGGAUAAGGAAGUGGUGGAUGCUGAAGAUGAGAAGCAGGAGAGCAGUGCCAGAGAGGGGGCUCUGAAGAUCACACUGCACGUCCUGAGGAAAAUGAACCAGAAGGAGCUUGCUGACACACUGGAGAAAUAUGAGCUUGCUGUGAUUUGCCAACGUGAACUCAAAUCUAAUCUAAAGAAGAAGUUUCAAUGUGUAUUUGAGGGGAUCGCUAAACAAGGAAACCCAACACUUCUCAAUAAGAUCUACACAGAGCUCUACAUCACAGAGGGUGGAACAGGAGAKGUCAAUAAUGAACAUGAGCUGAGACAGAUUGAGACAACAACCAGGAAACAAGCAAGACCAGAGACUGCAAUCAAAUGUAACGACAUCUUCAAACCCUUACCUGGACAAGACAAACUUAUCAGAACUGUGCUGACAAAGGGAGUCGCUGGGAUUGGAAAAACGGUCUCUGUGCAGAAGUUCAUUCUGGACUGGGCUGAAGGAAAAGCAAAUCAGGAUGUCCAAUUUGUAUUUUCAUUCCCUUUCCGGGAGCUGAAUUUGAUGAAAGAGGACAAACACACUUUGAUUGAACUUCUCAAUCACUUCUCAAUGGAAACCAAACAAUCAGCAAUCUCCAACUUCAACAAGUACAACGUUCUGUUCAUCUUUGAUGGUCUGGAUGAGUGCCGACUGCCCCUAGACUUCCAGAAGAACAAGAUCUGUUGGGACGUCACAGAGUCAACCUCAGUGGAUGUUCUGCUGACAAAUCUCAUCAAGGGAAAUCUGCUUCCCUCUGCUCUCCUCUGGAUAACUACCCGACCUGCAGCAGCCAAUAAGAUCCCUUCAGGGUGUGUUGACCAGGUGACAGAAGUACGAGGGUUCAAUGACCCACAGAAGGAGGAGUACUUCAGGAAGAGAUUCAGUGAUGAGGACCUGGCCAGCAGAAUCAUCUCACACAUAAAGACAUCAAGGAGCCUCCACAUCAUGUGCCACAUUCCAGUCUUCUGUUGGAUUUCUGCAACAGUCCUUGAACACAUGUUGAAACAUGAGAGAGAAGAGAUGCCCAAGACUCUGACUGAGAUGUACACACACCUUGUGGUUUUUCACACCAAACAGAAGAAUGAAAAGUAUCUUGGGAAAGAAGAGACAGGUCCACACUGGAAUAAASAGAGCAUUCUGUCACUGGGAAAACUGGCUUUUCAACAGCUUGUGAAUGGCAAUCUGAUUUUCUAUGAAGAAGACCUGAAACAGGCUGGCAUUGAUGUCAAUGAAGCCUCAGUGUACUCAGGAUUGUGCACACAGCUCUUUAAAGAGGAAUGUGUGCUGUACCAGGACAAGGUGUACUGCUUCGUUCAUCUGAGCAUUCAGGAGUUUCUGGCUGCUGUAUAUGUGUUCCUCUCAUUCAUCAACCAGAAUGAGAAUCUAAUGGACAAACUGCAAACAGAAUCCAUUAACUUUUCUUCGCUGUUCAGAGACAAUGCUGAAGUUACUUUCUACAAGAGUGCUGUGGAUAAAGCCUUACAAAGUGAGACAGGAAACCUGGACCUUUUCCUCCGCUUCCUUCUGGGCCUCUCACUGGAGUCCAAUCAGAAGCACUUACGAGGUCUACUGACACAGACAAGAAGCAGCUCAAAGAGCCAUGAAGAAACAGUCAAGUACAUCAAGGAGAAGAUCAGGGAGAAUCCCUCUCCAGAGAGGAGCAUCAAUCUGUUCCACUGUCUGAAUGAACUAAAUGACCAUUCUCUAGUGGAGGAGAUCCAAAGCUACCUGAGAUCAGGAAGUCUCUCAAAACCCAACCUGUCACCUGCACAGUGGUCAGCUCUGGUCUUUGUGUUGCUGACUUCAGAAAAGGAGCUGGAUGUGUUUGACCUGAAGAAAUACUCCAGAUCAGAGGAAGGUCUUCUGAGGCUGCUGCCAGUGGUCAAAGCCUCCAGAGCUACUCUGCUGUCAGGCUGUGGAGUCACAGAGGAAGGCUGUGCUUCUCUGGUCUCAGCUCUGGAGUCAAACCCCUCACACCUGAGAGAGCUGGAUCUGAGUAACAAUGACCUGAAGGAUUCAGGAGUGAAGCUGCUCUCUGCUGGACUGGGGAAUCCYCACUGUAAACUGGAGACUCUGAGGCUGUCAGGCUGUCUAGUCACAGAGGAAGGCUGUGCUUCUCUGGCCUCAGCUCUGAGGUCAAACCCCUCACACCUGAGAGAGAUGGACCUGAGCUACAAUCACCCAGGAGACUCA